AUGAGAGAGGUGGAGGUUAUCAUCGGGUCCCCUCUCGUCUUCCUUCCUCAGAACUCCGGCUACGUUCAUCAUCUCGCCGGGGGGCACCAGCUGCGGCGGGGGAGGAAAACCUCGGCUACUGGAUCAUGGCCGCCGAAUCUCUCCGUCCGCGGUGGCGGUCUCACCGGCAUCGGCAGGAUCCCGGUUGUCCCUGCGAACACUACAACCUCUCCAGCCACCAAGACCGCCGACGUAGCCAAUCGCAGCCUACUGAAGUACUAUGCCGCCCUUGCAUCGAAGCUUGCCGGGAGUGGCAGAUUGCAAGACUUCCUCAUGAUCGCAGAGAGUGUGCUGGCAUCUGACGCCGUUUCCGCUGGUCAGUCUCAGUUCGUGGCUCGGCUCGACACCCGGUUGGUCUCUAAGGGGCUGUCUUCUAUCCUCCGCCGGGGGGAGCUCGAGGAGGUUAUGGAGUUUUUGACGAGUGUCGAUAAGCUGGGAAUCCGGCCGUCGGCCUUGUUCGACAAUGUGGCAGCAGAGGAUCUCGCUGUUCAGUGCCGCCGGCUAGUGCACAACAGCAGGGUGGAGGAAUUCGUUCAUGUAAUGGAGACACUUGCUGGUUUGUUCGUGGACGACGUGCUUGAUAAUAUACAACAAACAUACAUCUCUCCUUCAUUGUCUGAACGUGAAAAUUCCGUGCUAAAAUUUCAGGAUACCAGUUCUAUAUCAAGCGUAUCGUGGAUCCAAUUCGGGUUCUCAAGAUAUUUGUCGAAAAGCGUGAUCCAGAUAUGGCUGUUAGGUACAAGACAUCAGUUCGCUAUUUUUAUUAUUUUCGGGGAAAGUGUUUGGUUCUUCUGUUUGUAUAUCUUUAAUGUAGUUCCUUGGCCCACAAGUUCUUGUUGAAGAGCUACAUUUUGAAAAUAGAUCACGUCGACUUAGUUGGCUGAAACUGAACAGGUUCAUAGGUAAUGUCUGAUGAAUAGAUUCACAGAAACAUCCAAUAAAAUGCUCUAAUUGCUUAUAAUUAUAUGUCGACUCUAAACAUUAGAUGCCCAUUUAAUAACGCACGUGAACUAUGUAAGAUGGAAAACAAAUCAGCUUGAGAAAGAAAACAGUAAAAAAAGUGCAAUGAGAAGUAUUACUGUGAUCAUAUGUUUGAACCUUUCAGAAACAAUAAGAACUCUACAUUUAGAACACAAAAUUCAUCUUUCAACAUCAAAAGAUACGUUUUUUUGAAGUGGAUUGUUCUACGACCUCAAUGAGUACAAAAAAAUAGUUUUAAGGGCUCAAAAAAUGCGUGUGGAAUCAUCUCAACUUUGCCAAGAUGAUGCAAAGUCAUCUAUGAUAUCCAUACUCUCGAGAUUUUUGGAACCAUCCCCUUACUCUUUACAAAACACUCAUGUGUAAACAAAGAGGAAAACUAGUCUGUUGAUUGACUCUCCAUUGUAUAAUAAGGAGGAUGGGACGUGAUCAAGUUGUCUGAACAUUGAGUCUGAGUCAGCCAACCCUGGUCACCUUAGGGAAUGAUGUUAUGUAAUUGAUCUUACCUGGAUUGAUGAGCGAUGCCAAACAUAACUCUAAAAGCGUAUUUUUGUCUCGAAUUUCACUCAUAUUUAAAUUUCUAUAUUAUAACCAUUUUAAUUUAGUUUAAGAUUUCAGAAUAUACUGUGACUUUCGCUCCACAUUUCUAAUUUUCAAAUGCAGAGAUAAAAGAUGAAUAUACUUUUUUUUUAUGAAGAUAUUUUUCAGUAUUACACGUCCUAGGUUUUCAUUCUGACGAUUGCAGCCGUUUGUUUUAAAUUUCAAAAGCAUAUUCACUAAUUAGUUUUCUGGACCUUAAGUGUUAAUUUAUGGAUUUAUGAUGACAUUUUUCAAUAGUUUGAUUGUAUUUUGAGAUCUUUACCUUUCAGAUGAUACUUUCCACACAGAUGUGACAUUAUGGAUAGAAGCCUCCUUGUUGUGGUGCUAUGCCCUAGGUUUUGAGGGUUUAAUUCAUCUAGAUAUGGUCUUAGCUGCUAAGUCAAGUAGGGCGAAAGAUCUGUUGAAGCCUAGUGGAUCUCUAUGACACCAACGCUUCCAAAAUUUAUGCAAGAGCAUUGGUGGGCCAGACAUUCAUGUUUGGCGAACGUCCACAUUUCAUGUCUGGUAUGCUUGGAUAGUUUUAUAACGAUGUUAUGAUGAUGGUGAUAUUAUGAAUGAUCAUAGAGAGUGAUCGACAUAAGUUUGAUAACAUUGUAUAACCUUCUGAAGAAGAUGUUGUAGAUGUAUAAACUUUGUUUAGUCUCGGUAUUUUAAGAAUACCACUGGCUUGCCAUGAUGGUACAACGGACGAGGAGUUGGAUGCUUUGUUGGAGAGAUUCACUGAAUUUAAGAUGUUUAAAUCUCAAGACUCCCGUGAUAGUUGUUCCAUGGAGAAAAGAGGAUAAUAUUUAGAUAUAAUGUUUUAAAGAGACCUGGCUUUUGUUCAGGAAGCUCUGGUUUUUGUUCAGGAUGCUUCGUUGUAGAGCUCUACUAUUAUAUUAUAGAAAUAUAUUUGAUCCCGAAUUUUUAUCAAGUUUGAAAGGAAGUUAUCUAAAAUUGUUUCCAUUCACUAUUAUGCUAGUUUGGAUCAUUUGAUUGAAUACAGUUUUCAUGGUUCCUCACGACUGUUUUGUCCUGUGGUAGCUGAGGGACAAAUAGCUGUGGGAGUGUUGAUGUUUCUAGAAAAUUUGCCAAACAACGUUUUGAAUUUUGAGCUCGAUCCUGGUUAGUCAAAUUGGCACGUUGAAACUUUGACUAGAAUCAUGUUCGAAUUUCUUAGGACAUUUUUAUCCUUCAAACAAGAGUAUUCAAUGACCUGAUUACACAUUCGGACAUCUAUUUUUAUUGAUCCUAAUAAAAACGUAGUGCUAAUUAUUCCUUUAUUUUAGAUGACUGCUCAUGCAUAAAUUCAUUGCUAAUAGGUGGACGUUAAAAAUUGGUAUAAAACUCUUCACAAGUAAAUUUUGUAAAGAACAAAAUAAAUUAUGGCAGUGAAUAUUAAAUUGACUAGCGUACGGUUACUGGUUACUGAACAUUCUAUUUGAGGGAGGCCUGAAGAAGGAAAUAAGAAUAGUCAAAGCCCAGGGUGUUGCUAGAGGUAAAAUGGUAAUGGUUCAGUUACAGAAAAGAUGCUGAGAGAGCAUUAAUGGCUGUUUCUCUAUCAGCUGGCCUUGGGCUUUCAAAUCACUGGUCAUGGGCUGAAGAUAGAUUCAUCAGAUCUCUUCGUUCUCACUAGUGCACGGCAUCCAUACUCAUCCUUAAUCACGAGUCUGAACUAUAACUUAUGAGUUUAUUUCUUCCAUUCAUAUUUUCUCUAUUUUAGAUUUCUCCUGGCCAAUACUGUAUUUUGAGUGUUAACAUAUAACAUUUGUACGUUUUAAAUUUAUGAGACAUUGUAUCUUUUUUUUGGUUGGUCGUUCAUUUUCAACUCAAGUUGCCAAUUUGCAGAUAUGCCAGUGUUCUUCCACAGUCACAACUUUUGUUCUGUUCCAUCAUCCAAGAGUUCGGAAAGAAAAAAGAUAUAGUUUCUGCCUUGAGUGCAUUUGAAGCUGUGAAACAUAAAUCAGGUGGAUUUAACAUGUUUGCUUGCCGGAGCAUGAUUGAUGUUUGUGGCAUUUGUGGCGACUAUAUGAGAUCUAGGUCUCUUCUUAAGGUAACGAGUUCUGAUCGUUUCAUAUAAUUCUGCGUUUAACAUACGCAGAAGCACAGUACAUGUUACCGUUGCAUCCGAGGACACACACUAUUAAUGCACAUUAGUUUCCUUUUGCGCUAUGCAUGUGUAUAAUUGAAAACUUUUCUAAAUAUUUGGGCACUUCAUGUUUCCUCUUCGUUAUAAGAGGUUUAUGGUCAAAUAGUAAAUUUUAUAUUGAAGUGAGGAGCUAUUUUAUUGAUCUUGGAAUAUCACGAAGGAUUGUGGCAUUUUCCUUUUUGGAAAAACUCUGGCCUCUGGCUUCACCCAGUCAGAUUAUGUGUUUGAUUACGUUUGCAGAAAGUGAUUGUGAUUUGCUCACAGGGAUGCAUAGUUUUUCUGGAAGUGAGUCGUGCUUAACUUAAGGGGGGAGAGUUCUGUGUCUCGUCUAAAACCUGGCUACUCACGAUGAAACAAGGGUUUUGCAUCGAUCAACUGUCUUUUCAUAUGAAAUGAUAGAUUAUUUAUGAUCUGGAGACCUUAAUUUAUUUUUCAAAUGAAAUUUCCUGGAGGACGACAACAUAUAUUAGAAAGAGAUGGGUAAGGAUGAUAAAUUUUGAAAUACUUAUCUUUUCAUCUGGAUGAUUAACUAAAAGUAUUGUUGUCUUUUCAUCCUGGAAUAAGAAUAGUAAUUCAAAAGGUGCUAUAAGAUGUAUAAUAGAGGGCUAUGCACAGCAGAACGGGAAAAAAGGUUCUGAAGAACAUCAUAUUACAGAAAGGGGUUUCACGUAGUUGACUUUUUUGUGUUGUUCAUCAUCUUGCGCUUUCCAACUUUUGAUUAAUGAUAGGAAACAUUAAACUCUACUACUAUUUGGGGUGCUUUUGUGGAUCGAAGUGCUCUGUUCUAUUUCAAACACAGUAGACAUAUGAUGGAAUAUUAGGAACCAUGAGUGACUUCUGAUCGAAAUAUAACAGGAGAACAUAGAUAAACAGAGUUUGGGAAGAAUGGGGGAAGAACGAGGCCCACGAGGGAACCCUAAUGAUAACAGGGGAGUUUGAGAGGCCCCCCGGCUCUCUGCCUGUUCCUGGAAUGACAUUUUCGCCCUUCUUGCGGCAGCAAGAAACUUGGGCUGGAGACCCAGCAGUGAAUAUGCCCGGCAAGGGUACAGUACUGUGAUGGACUGGGGGCCCAUCAACAUAUUUCUUAAUCUCUUUUGCAAUGUAUAUAAUUUAGCUCGUAAGGUUUAGAGCUACCGUACCUUUUCAUCAAGCAUGUGUGAAACUUAAAUGGGGGUUACAGAAAGAGGGCGAAUUCACCGAAUCUUUUUGAUCCAAUACUGUUCUAUCCUGUCUGGUGAUGGAUUUAUUGCAUUAUAGAGUAUUGCUGUGCCAAAGUAUUGCAGGAGUAUCUAUUUCGCAUAUCUCUAUAUAGAUCUGCAUCCAAGUUACUAACUACCUUAUUUUAUGGGGAGUAUGUAUACUACUCGUGGCUUUCCUGCCUGCUAUAGGAAUAUUGCUCUUAAUCUUCCGCCUUACCAUUCUAUUAUCACCCCUUCAAUUUCUCCUUGUUCAGACGACAACCUUACAUUCACAUUUAUUUUAAUAACUUGCGGGGUUGCAACUUCCAAUCCUUGAUGAACUCUUCAUUCAUUAGGCUCAAAUGACAUUCAUUCAUUCUUUUUCUUCUUCAAAGUGGUCAAAAGGUGCGUCUUCUUUAACAAAAUCUCUUUUUUCAUUUUGCUGUCCAAAUAUGUUAUAUCAGUGACGAAUAGAUGUCAAGUCUCUCAUAUACCUUCCGGUUUCUUGAAGAGAAAAGUGUGGGGACGUUUGCUAGAAAUUUUCUUCAUUUUUGGUUUUCUCAUUUGUCAAGUGAAAAUUAAAGGGAGAGCUCUUCUAAAUAUCCCUUGUAUGUAUUUCGUUUAAGAGGUGUUACGGAGUCUGACCUUUUUCUCCUUUUUCUGUGUCACUAGUGAACCCUUAGAGGAGGUCAAGGUGCAUGAUUAUUUGUUGGGAUAGCAUUGAUGAGACCUUUUCAAACAACGUGAACUAAUUGUCUUGGAUCUACCUUCUUUAGAGUGGGUAUGCCAUAUAAUUGUCUAGAGAAUAAUUUUUGUUAGUGAUGAAAUGGGGGGGCUUUUCCCAUGAAGCUCAUCCAUGCCAAUUUUAUAGAGAAUCCAACGAAGAAUUAGUGGUGAUAUGCGCUGACCUGAUUAAAAGCUUGUUUUAAAAAAUAUAUUUGAUAAUUUAUUAUACAAUUAGUGGACCAAUUAGGUCGGGAGUCCUCUUAUCCUCUUAUACCUAUUAGUUUUUUUUUGGGCAGGGGCAAGUUACUUUCUUUUUGGUGAAGUUGUUGAUAUUGUUUUUAGAAGAUGCCGGAAACAACUCAGAUGAUAGCAUACUUUAAAAUUACUCUCCUAACGGAAGUUUAUAUGAUUGCUUUUGGAGCAUUUGCUUUUACACCGUAUUGAAUCUAUACUCGGACAUAUGGUUUCAUUUAUAAAUCUACUUUGUUCAACUAAAGUAGAAGUCUCUAAGGUUUUGAAAAAUAUUGAAAGGUUCAAUUUUAGACAUCUAGAUUUGACAUUCAUAUUAUUUUCACAUUGUCUUGAAUGUGAUAGCCGCAUACUUGCAUAAUUUUUACCUUUUCUACCUUAAUCACUUGAAUGCCGUUCUAACUGCAUCCUUUAUUGCAGGAAUUUCUCACACAGAAGCUAAUUCCGAAUACUCAUGUUUUCAACAGCCUUAUGAAUGUGAAUGCUCAUGACUUGAGCUACACCUUCUAUAUUUACAGAAAAAUGCAAGUAAUACUAUCACUUUUUUUCCUCAUAUCUUCAUAGGUAGGUUUAGUAACUUCGAGGAAUUGCUAAUUAAUAAUAUUUGUAGUUGCAAAAGGUAUUUAAUGCAUUCUUUUUCAUUCAAUUUUUCUCAGACGCAUGUGCUUGUAGAAUUUUCAUAGAGAAUCAAUGGCCAUACUAAUAUGGCUAUUUAUGGGCAUGGAAGAGUGAAAGAAUGAUUACGGUAAAUCGUAAUUUUUGUAUUGUGGGUAGUUUUAACCGGAUAAAAACUCAGAUUUACCGAGUACUCCGGUGUGGGGGGAGAGAAAAGUGCAAUUCAUUAUGGCUGCAUGCCCUUUUAAAAUGCUUUUAUCACCUUUCAAAGUUUACCUUCCCAUAAACUCUCCUUUGGUCUCCUUCUCCGCCUUAAUUCUCCAUAAGAAAACAUUCAGUAAUAAAACUAUUUAUAAAGUGGAAUAAUCUCAUGGUGAAAUGAGAGAUUUCCAAUAUUUGGGGAUCUCCAAGGCUAAUUCACUCUCGAGGCCUACUGUGAGGUUUUCGCUACGCAAUAUUCUCUCGGAGCCAGUGACCUACUUAAUAACAAAUUUACUCUUACAUUAAGGAUAACAAAGAAAUCAAAAUUUCUAACUUAUAAACGCACAUAGUAAGUUUAGAGAAGAGCUUUAAGGGCAUAGGUGGCUUCAGAAAGUCUUAGAAGAGGUUGAUACCACACCGCAAGAGCUUAAGUUUCACCUUGUACUUGAGGAGAGACGUGAAUCUUUAGGGUAAAUAACCUUUGAAUCCCAUGCGUGUUUCUCACUCCAUAGUGACUUAUUAAUAACCUGAAAGAACGACGCGUUGUGAUUAAGAAAAUCUCGUUGGUUGCUGAUACAUGCCAAUGAGUGAUCCACAUCUUGUUCCAAUAGUUAAAUGUGUGGAUAAUGCUGUUGACUCUGUGCAAUUUUAUUUUGGCUUUAAAUAGAAAAUGCCAACAGAUGGGGCGAUUCUGUGUAUCUUAUUUCUGUCCAAGAUCAGUUGCCAGCACGUGUUCAUGAGUUAUCAACAAGUCUUCUUCUGCAGUUGUCAACUACAAUACCUAGUAUCAUAUUUUUUCUUAGUUCUGCAAAGUUGUUCACAACUGGGUUGAAAUUACUUAAAUUUUUUUCAGUAGUCCAGUUUAGGUGUUGAUAACUGGCAAGACAUUCAAGAUUUAAAAGCUAUGAUAAAUUAUUAUAAAAUAAUUAUUUUAAAUAUUUUGUCACUUGAAUAGUGAGCAUUGGAAUCUGACCAAAAACUUGCCAUUUCCUUUUGGAUAUGUAGUUUGCGUCUGCAGAACCAAUGGUUUUUUGUCCAUGACCUGAGAGCUGCACAGUGUUAGAAAUACCAUGGAAUUAUAUAAACUUCAGUGACUCAACCGCUCUUUUGCUAGUGGCAAAAUAGUUUUCUUGGUUUAUUCCUUUCUUAUGCAAUGCAAUUUCUAGUUGAAAGAUGAUGCAUGUAACGUUAUUACGCUCUUUCUGGUCUACUCUUGAAUCUGAUGCCUUUUUUUCGCAUUCCAGAGCAUGAAUGUUAAAUUGGAUGUGGCUUCUUACAACAUACUCCUAAAAGCCUGCUGUCUAGCCAAGAGGGUUGACUUGGCGCAGGACAUUUAUGAGGAAAUAAAGUACAUUGAAUCGACUAGAACUCUUGAACUGGAUGUCAUUACAUAUAGCACGAUGAUCAAGGUGACUACAAAUCUGAUAUAAUUUUCUUAGUUUCGUCCAAAUCUCUGUAAUGUAACCUCUCACUUUCAGUCCUGCAAUAAAGCAGAUAGAUUAAUGUUUAAACCUAGCUCUGUCUCAUAAAUCAUCAACUACAGUUGAAUUCCCCAAUUGGAUUUCAGGCAUUUGCAGAUGCAAAAAUGUGGCAAAUGGCCUUGAAGGUAAAGGAGGACAUGCUAUUGGCGGGUGUCAAACCAAAUAUAGUGACAUGGUCUUCGUUAAUCAGUGCUUGUGCCAACACAGGCCUAGUUGAUCAGGCUAUCCGAGUGUUUGAAGAAAUGCUGUCAUGUGGCUGUGAACCCAAUUCACAGUGUUGCAACAUUCUACUAAAUGCUUGUGUCAAGUCCUGUCAAUAUGACAGAGCUUUUCGUUUUUUCCAUUCCUGGAAAGAGACUGGGUUUAAAGUUUAUUCUAACGUUGGGAAUAGAAAUUGCGUUGAUGAGCUAGGUAGCAUUCCAGCGAUAACAGGCAGUGAAUCAACUCCAGGAAUUGGCUUAUCUAGUGAUCAAGUUAUAGGCCACACUAAGGUGGUGGCUUUCAGACCAACAACUGCGACAUUCAACAUCUUAAUGAAGGCCUGUGGUACGGACUAUCAUCAUGUCAAAGAUCUGAUGAAUGAAAUGAAAGAGAUGGGUCUUUCUCCAAACCGCAUAAGCUGGUCUGUUCUCAUUGAUAUGUGCGGAAACUCGUGCAACAUGAGCGGUGCUCUGCAGGUGACAGGCUCUGCAACACAGUUUUUUAUUUAUUACUGACUAUUUUGUUCUCAUAGACUCUUUAUUCCAUGUGAACAUUUUAUCUCUAGUAAUUUUUCUUUUUCUUGUGUAUCCUAGUGUAUGUAUCCAUGCCAAUGGGUGGAUUGAAAAAGAAUGGGCUAUUGUUUCCGUGAAAACUUCGAAGCACAUGGCGUUAGCCGUGUGCUUAUAAUCCCUUUGGCCAAUAACACGUCAAAUAACGAAUUUUAUAUUUUUCAUGGAUGAAUGCUUCAUAGGUUGACAAUUGAUUUUUUAUUUAGAACUCACUGUGCAUGUCUCAUUUUCGUCUGUUUCUUGGAGAUUGUGAACCAUGAAGGUUAUCUUACAGGAAUCCGUCGUUCGUGUUUGUGGCUGUGUGAAAGCAUGAAAUUCUGGAAUCAGUUUCUCUGAUGAGAACUGAUUUUACAGAAGCAAAAAAUAUUCAGCUUGUAGGGAAUCUAUUUUCCUUCGAUUGGUUUUACAGAAGUGCAUACCCAUUACGCCUUUUUUAUUUUAACUUAAACAACCCAUUACGUCGCCAUAGUUGUUUCCAAGUAGAUCAGAUAGCAAGCAACAAGUCGGUGGACACUUUCAAUCAUUCUGGCUUAGUUCAUACCUGAGGGAGUUUUUGAAAUAUUUCACUGCAUUAUCGGUUCACAUUUUAUUAUUCGAGACUACCACGUGUGAACACGAUUUGUUCAACAGUGAGAUUAAAGGUCUCAUUCUCUUAGGUACCCAUGUAGAAGUAGAACAUGACUCUUUUGUAUGGUAAACAAUCCCACGGUUGGUUCAGUAUUCUGUACGCUUGGGGGUAUUGCACUAUUCAUGUCCUUGUAUAUGACUCCAUGCAUUGCAUGCUUGAAAUCAUCAAAGUCUUUCUUUCUUUUGUGCAUCUGUCCCGUUGAGUGAUGACAUUUGAAUCUUUGCUUUUCAUCUUCUGGUUGUAAAUUUCUUCCAGAAAUCGAGGGCUGAGCUAUCCUUUUCUUCUGGUGCAGGCCUUCAAAACAAUGCGCGGGGUUGGAAUUAAGCCUGAUGUUGUAGCAUACACCGCUGCCAUUAAGGUUUUCUGCCGUUUAUGUAUUAUAUUAUAUUUUUAUUUCGGUCAACUCUUGGUUAGCGUUCUGUUUCCUCUGCGACUUUGUUUCACAGUUAAUAUUUUGUCCAGUGAAUAUGCUGAAUUGACUUCAACUAAAUUAUGACUGCUUUGUCUUCUCAUCUCUGUGAUUUGACAAGUUAUGGAUGAUCACUAUGCAAGUAUCAUUGUGGCUCUUUCUUUUUCGCUUGUUAAUGAUUAUGACAGAUCACUAAGAUGGCCGGAAUCAUUCAAUGUUCUUAAUUUGAUUUCAUGUUCUAAUUCGUAUGUUUGGAUCCUUUUCACUUAGGGUCUCUUCAACGUCAGAAUAUCUAAAACCAAGAAAUGAAAAUAAAGUAAAAAAGCCUACAACUCACUUUCUUUCAUUGAUGAUCUUGGGAUGCAGAUGGUGGGCCUUUUGGGCAAGAAAUUUUUUAUUAUCUCAAUGACCUCAUUUUAUUAUUCCUGGCAGAGGCUCAUAAAUUUGAAUAAAAUUUCAAAAGGAAAUUUGAAUAAUCCAAUUGCUUGGUUUCGUGAACAGAUGGUGGGCCGUGAAGUUGGUGUUCAUACGUUAGAAUUCUAUUGUCAGUAGGGUUGAACGUCAGCUAGUCUCUUCUCCUAGAUCAUCCGUCAUCCUUCAUCUUCCUUUGUUAGGAGCCUCAUCGAUCUUCUGCUUUUCUAGCUCUUCGUUCAUCCUUCCCUUUUUAGGUUGACCUGCUUCCGGCUCCCUGAAGGGAGCUCCCUAUGUUUUUAAGGGCUUGGCGACUAUCAAGAGGCCACCCAUGUGUAGUAACUUCCUCACCGGGGAUUCCCCACUUGGGGAGAGCCACGUGUGGGCCUCUUUCGGACUGCCUGGCUGGGCCAUGUAGGAGUUGCAUGUGAUCAGCCUGGGUAGAUUGGCUGCUAUUUUUAGAUAUUACCAUGACGUGUAAAUAUGAGUGUAAAUAUUUAUUAAGAAUUUUAAAGUUUAAAUGCACGAGCAUACAUGCACCUUCACCUUCCCUCUUUGUUGGGUGAAUAUGUUCUAUUAAAUGGCAACCAUUAUGGAACAUCCGUGGCAAAGGAUUCUGCAAUUUUCGUUUGCCACUGGUAAUAAAGAAUCACAGAAAACAAAAUUCUGUACAAAGCGUUAAUGGGCUUUACCAUCUACCAUCUGUUGAAUCUUUCUGUAGUCUUAUGAGUAUGGUUUCUUGCGUGCAGAUGACUGUGACGUUGUUUUUCCAUUUCUCUCAUAAAUUUGUCUUCUAUAUAAUUUUCUCGAGAACACCAGGUUACCCGAUUAGUUUUUUCUUGAAUAACAUAAGCUCGUUUUUCUCUGUAGGCGUGCGUAGCGAAUAACAAUCUGAAGAUAGCGUAUUCGUUAUUCGAAGAGAUGAAAAGAUACCAAAUACAUCCCAAUUUGGUAAUCAUCAGCAACUCGUGUUUAUUUAUUCAAUGUCUUUCUCAAGGGUUACUAUUAAAUUGAUCUCUAACUGCCAUAUAAUUCUCAUGAUGAAGAACUGUCAUGAUUAAAAUUUUAUGUUGAUGAAUGUGAUCAUUUUCCCAUUAUUUGGCGACCAUUUAAAGAAGCAGAUUGGGGGCUACUCGGAUUAAUGCUCUAACAGUCUGUUUCGCAGACAGAAGACGUUGCAAGUGUUUAGUCGUUUCUCUUGAAUACGAUGAGUCCCACGAUAAAACAAUUAACUAAUCCGAACCGGUUCUUUGCUGUGGAAGAAUCCAAUGAAAAACAAGAGUAUCCUCUCUCCUACACAUUUGGCCUGAUGAGAUAUCAUUCUAUGGAAAAAUACCCAGUCCAAGGUUGAGUAUCCUGUCCCUUACCCACGUCGCCACUUCCAUCCUGUUGCCAAACGGGGAAGUUUGAUUUUGAACUACCUCGCAGAGAGCAGGGAGAUUUACACCGAUUCGAUUCUUUUAAUAUUUUGACUUUUUGGGUCCAGUGCCAUUCAACCGAUAUCCAUCGGCUCUGGUUCAGUUUGGGCAGGUCAAUGCCUCUUUUGUCCAUUGUUGUACCACCCGGGUUCCAAAUUGUGAACUUAGAAAAUAGUGAUGGUAAUCAAUCUUUCAAAAGGGAUGAGACAUUUCAAGAUCAUUUUUUCUUUUCGAAUGUUGAUACUUGUGACACCUGGGGGUGUCAAUGAGCCCAACGCCUUGUCCAGUGGGGCGGGGCUUUGAUUCUCUCUCUCUCUCUCUCUCUCUCUCUCUCUUUCCUUCUCCCUCUCUCUAAGGACAGGUGCUUUGGGGGUCUUGUUAUCUGUGGUGUGCCAGACCAUUCAUUGUGUGGGUCUGGUCAAAAGCCUAUAUUUUGCAAUUCUUUAGGCCCUCUUCUGGUCCAGACCUUUAAAUAGAUGCCCGGUUUGGGCUGGACUUGCCAAGUCCCCAAUCCGGACCUGGGCCCACCCGGGCCAUUGACUCCCUAAUCGCACUGCAAAUAACUUGAGGGGUGAUUCCCGGCGAUACAUUUAUGUACUUGUGGUAGCCUUUCGUAACUCUUCUAAAUGCUUAAAUGGCUAAUCCCUCCCUCCCUCCCUCUCUCUCUCUCUCUCCCUCUUUCUCUCUUAACGUGUGGUUAUCCAGGUCACAUACAAUACUCUUCUCAAAGCUCGUACCAGAUAUGGUUCCUUGCACGACGUUCGGCAAUGCCUAGCCAUGUACCAAGACAUGCGUAGAGCUGGGUGAGGAUAACAAACAAGCGCUCCUUUUGUUCAGUGAGGAGUCGGUUCUUCACCUACCGUGGUUUUCUCGUUUGCAGGUACAGUGCAAAUGAUUAUUUUCUCAAGGAUCUGCUGGGGGAGUGGUGUGAAGGUGUUCUGGGCACCGCCACCGGAAGCAGAGGGCUCCUGGGCUUCAACGACCAUCUCCCUGAAACUUGCGAAAGCAGGGCCCAAAGUCUCUUCAUUGAAAGGGUCGCCGUUCUCCUGCAGAAAGAUGUCAGCGAGAACCAGGUGGUCGACCUCCACGGGCUCACAAAGGUAAAAUAUUUUUUCUAAUUUAGUGUCAAUUGUGGGUGGGUUUUCUAGGAUUGGGCCAAUCUGCUCUCUAUCCCACCCAGUUCUUGGCGUCGUCCAAAGAGGCUGGCUUGCAACCGUGGUGCCCUUUUUCUGCCAAACGGGGCUCGCGAGGCAGUCGCAAACUUUACAGACCGUUUCCAGUCUUCUCCUUUCGGCCUAGGCCCAAUGCAACCCUAAACCUGGAUGCAUAUCUCAUCCUUUAUAUAUCAUAAAUUCAGUAGGUGUUCCGUCAUAUUUCCCUCAGAAUCUGAAUCUCGCCUUGACCGCAGGUCGAGGCCCGGGUGGUGGUUCUUUCGGUUCUAAGGAUGAUCAAAGAGAGCUACGGGCCAGGUGACCAGACUCCCGAAAAUCUCCCCUCACACAAAACUCUUCCCGUCAAGCACCUCGUGAUCUCUCCUCCGAUGGCUGUCGCAGGCCACCCAAUCGACGAGGAUCUGAUCAUCAUCACCGGCAUCGGCAAAGAGAUCCCAGGCGAAGUCCACCGUGAAUGGGACGUGAAGCAUGCGAUCGUCAAGCUCCUGCAGGAUCAGCUGGGUCUCGAGAUCUUGGUCGGCCAGGGGAGAGUACCGGCCGGGGUCAAGGACGUGAACCUUUCCAGACCGGGCACGAGCUCUUCCGCCACUCCCCAGAGGAGCGGGCCCUCUGAGAAGAAAGCGUCCUUCAGGAGACCGGAGGACAUGGGAAUGCUAAGAGUCACGAGGGAGUCGUUACAGCGUUGGCUACAGAACAGGCAGUAA